CCCUCAGUCAAGAUGGCCGCGACUACCCUCCAUUGCCCUUGCUUGACCUCAGCAAAGAUGGUUCCCGUGACUUCCUUUGAAACCUCGCUUUUCCCAUAACAAAUAUGGCCCUUGCGCUUCCGCUUCUGGAUUCCGGGGAGCUGCUUUUGCGGGGCGCACUAUGGCGGCCCAGGACGCCACUCCAGGCAGCCAGCCAGAGGAGAGCAAUGCUUUGGACCUGCCAUCAACCUGUGACAUAAGAGAUUACGUGUUGCAGAGACCUGGCCAGGAGCCCAACAGUGAGGCCUUUAGUUCUGUGGAAGCCUUUUCUACUCCUUGCUCUUCUGAAGUGGAUCCAGCUAUAAACCCCGGAAAUGUAAGAGACAACGAAAGAACAUUUUGUGGGGGUGAGAAGAAGAAGAAUUGGUUUGGGGCCCAGGACUAAAGGAACAACACAGAGGCAGGGUGUCUUAUGUCCUCCCAACCAAGAGAAGAAGGUGACCAGGACCUGGUGCAUCUCGAUCUGCAACCUAGCAACAAGAAGGGCCCCAGGUAGGCUCUUUUCUCCCCAGGAUUGACUGAUUGUUCAUCCAACAUCACCAGGCUAGCCAGCACCCAGAAAAGAGGACCUGAUAGGAGACCCAUAACACUAAGUGGCCAGGGGAAGCACUCUCCUCCACUGGACCUGAGACUUCCCUCCCCUGCUAAGUCAGACUUAGGCGGCCGGGAGGCACAAGCAAGGGGAUUGUGUCAAUACAGCAAGUGACCUGGCCUGGGAAACCCCUUGGUCCCCAUGGGCCUGAGACUCCCCUCCUCCACCCACAUUCACUGGGGCAGCUGGGGAGCAGCAGGGGGGCCCUGGAAAGGGAGAUCCCACCACAACAAGCAGCCCAGCCUGGGACGCCUCCUCCUCCCAGGGGGCCUGAGAUCUCCCUCCCCUAACAAGAGACACUCAUAGGCUGGGCCAGUCCCUCAGGCAGCCCCAGCAGGGACCUGUAGGAGCCUCAACAGUACCACCAGAUAAGCCACACAGACCAAAAUAAACAGCAAAGGCUCUGAAAAUUAAACUGUCAUUGGAACCACAGUCCACAAAAGUAGGUCACAAUCUGCUUGCUAAACCUAAGCAGGGGGCUGCAUGCUAAAAUAAAGGACUUAAAUAGGACCAAGAUUCUCUAAACAUAAUAGACAGAAGGCUCAGGAUACAACCAAAGAUCACCAGUCUUGAUGCUAAGAACUGAAAAUCACAGCUCGAAUGAAAAAACAGUCACAGACGCCAACAUUGAGAUGAAUCAAACGUUGAAAUUAUCUGACAAGGAUUUUUAAUACAACUACCAUAAAAAUGGUCCAACAAUUAAUUACAAAUUCUCUUGAAACAGAUGAAAAAAAUAGAAAAUCUCAGCAAAGAAAUACAAGUUAUAAAAAGAAACAUGGAAAUAAUGGAAUUGAAAAAUACACUAGCCAAAAAAUUGAUAAAUUGGACCUCAUCAAAAUGAAAAACUUUUACUCUCUGACAGCCCACGUGAAAUGGAUGAAAAGACAAGGUACAUAGUGGGAGAAAAUAUUUGCAAAGUCGAUAUCUAACAAAAAACUAAUGUCUAGCGUGUAUAAAGAACUCUUAAAACUUAACAGUAAAAAAUUAAGCAAUCCAAUUAGAAAAUGGGUAAAAGACAUGAAGAGACAUUUCUCUGAAGAGGAUAUCCAGAUGGAAAAUAAGCACAUGAAAAACUGUUCAACAUCAUUAGCCAUCAGGAAUAUACAGAUUAAAACCAUCAUGAUACCUAUAAGAAUGGCUACAAAAAAAGUACUGACACCGCCAAAUGCUGGUGAGCAGGUAGAGAAACUGUAUCAGUCAGACAUCGCUGAUGGGAAUGUAAAAUGGUACAGCCACUCUGGAAAACAGUUUGGCAAUUUCUUAUUAAACUAAGCAUGCAAUUACCAUAUGACCCAGCAAUUUCACUCUCGGACAUUUAUCUGAAAGAAAUGAAAACUUACGUUUGUGCAGAAACCUGUAUAUGAAUGUUCAUAGAAGAUUUAUUCAUAAUAGUGAAAAACCUGAACAGCCCAGAUAUCCUUCAACAGGAGAAUGGUUAAACUAAUUGGUGCAUUCAUACCAUGGAAUAAAGAAGAAUACUCAGCAGUAAAGAGGAAUGUGAACUAUCAACACACCAACGACUUGAAUAGAGGUCCCAGGGAAUUAGACCACGUGGAAAAAGAAAAGCCAAUUCCAAAGGUUUCCUACUGUAUUCCAUUUAUAUAAUAUUUUUGAAGUGACAAAAGUUUUAGAAAUUGGAGAACAGAGUAGUGGAUGCUAGGGUUUGGGGUUGAGGUGGGCAGAAGGGAGGUGAGUGUGGUUAUAAAAGAGCAACAUGAGGGAUCCUUGUGGUGGUGGAAUAUUUUGUAUGUUGACUGGUCAUGGAUGGGUGAACCUACACGUGAUAAAAUUGUAUAGACACACAUAAAUGAGUACAAGUAAAACUGGAGAAAGCUGAGUAAGAUUGUUGGAUUUGUCAAUGUCAAUAUAGUAUACUUUGAAGUACAUUGCAGGAAAGUAAGUAAAAGUUCACAGAAUUUGUCUACAUUACUUCUUAGCACUGCAUGUGAAUCUUAAUUAUCUCAAUAAAACUUUUAAUUAAAAAAAUCUGUUGGGCAUCAAAAAAUACUAGACAUUUUUCUUUUAAAAUGCUUGCCAGAUCACCUUUUCCUUGUUGUUCUUUAGGUUUCUCUGAAAUAGUUUUAUUUUUUCUCUGAAACAACUUUAAAAAUCAUACAAAUAAACAGUUCCUUA